ACAGCCCUCGGACCCAAAGCAUAUCCUGUCCCGUCUUUCAGACCCCAAGCAUAUCCUGUCCUGUCUUUCAGACCCCGAGCAUAUCCCCAAGCAGAAGAUGAAUCUAGGUCUCGUGCUCCUCGCCAUGGCUGCGGCGUCUGUGUCGGCCCUGACGGUCUCCUCCUCAUGUUACUUGGCUUUAACAUCUGGGUACGCAAUUCUGGUGAACGCAUCUCAGCCCUGCUUUACUAACUACACGACGAAUAUAACACGAUACACCACUACUGCAGGCUGCUACAGUAAAACACAAGCGUACAAUGCCACCUUCUGUGAUCCAAUUAUUUCCGGUUAUAUGAAAUGCAGCUUGAAAGUUGCAGGACUUCUCAAACCCAAUGGUUCAUUCAACGACGCGGCCUUCAAGUCAACCAUGUUGCAGAACAAGUGCAGUUCACCCGCAACACGGCGAACUGAACUCACCCGCAACACGGCGAACUGA